AUGGCUGUCCGGGGUCCUAAACCCGACCGCCACGGACGGGGACGAGCAGGUGUCCUCCGCUGCAGAGUCGUAGGACUCCAGCGCCUUCACAAUUGGGCGUCCGAAGCCAGAAAAGAACCCCAAACACACGGGGGCAGGUAUAACCCCUCAGAGGUGCAGCAGACAGGCCCGCAUCGCAGAGGAGGUCCCCGACCUCAAGCUUGGAGAGGAAGCAAACAGCGCUUCCCGAGUAAGUCACAGAGCGGGACCCGCUGGGUCGCAGAGUUGCAACAGCCGGAGAGCUCACGACAGCGGGGCCAAAACGACCCCCCUUCGUCUUCGAAGCGCAAAGCCAGGGAGAACCGGACUCGGCUGCUCGCGCCCUGCGUUGCCCUUCGGCGGAAGGUGGCUCCCCGCCGCCGGAGCCCAGCCGCCGUGCGCCCGGGCUCCGCUACCCCGGGGUGGCUGCCUGGGCAUCCGCCGCCGGACCGACCACCGUCCCCCGGUGCCGGACAAACUUCCUCCUUUCUGAGCCCCCGAGUCUUGGGCUGCAGGCGCCCCCGCCCGGCCCGGCGAGCUUCGUCCCUGCCCCUCCGUAACCCCCGGCCCCGGGCGCGUAGCGGUCGCCGCGCGUCGGCUCCAACAAAGCCCGCAGCCCGGAGGCGACCUGGAGAAGGGCCGGGAGUGGCGGCUGAGGUUGCCCAAGCCCGGCGAAGGCACACCUCGACCGGGCGAGUGCAGCGGGGACGUGGCGGGCAGAGAAAAGGGAAGAAAGUAUCUCCUCUCGGCGCGAACGCCCUGCCCUCUUCGCUGGUCCUCGCUCGCUCUGCUCCCCCUGCCCGAGCGCGUCCGCCUGUCCUGGUGGCAGUUGGCAGGGACAGAAGGGGAGGUAGAGGGGACGCGGUGGCCUGGCGGGAGAGCCGCUCCCUUACCUCUGUCCAGAGUGAGCGGCUGGACCACUGUCAAUGUCGCCAUGUCUGCCGUGGGAGCCGAAGUGACGCUCGGCUUCAGCAGCAGCAACCGCUGGAGAGUUCAGGAAAAACAACCUUCAUCAGGUCACAAAUUUUGUUGAAGCGUUUAGUGAAAAACAAAUUAAAUUGUUUCCGCCCUGUUGUCCACGUCUGCAAGUCUUUCCAUUUUUGCUCCGUCCCUGCACCCCAAGCACCAACCAGCCCAGCCGUCAGCCUGCUCUCUCUCUCGAGUCUGUCUCAGUUUGGCUUAUUAUUGAGUUUGUUCAUUAAAUUCCACGUAUGA